UAAUAAUAACGAGGGGAGGAGAAGAUGACAUAAAAAGCGGCCAACUUUCUUUCUGACUUUGGUUCCAAAUAAUUCCUCUUCUUCCAUUCUCUCUCUCUCUCUCUCUCUCACCGCUGAUUCAUAUGGAGCUACCAUUUCCAUUUCGUGGAGCUAUGGUUGGUUAAAUUCUAAACAAAUUGCCUGAGCCGAAGUUCCUUCAAUUGGAUCUCUCCCUCUCCGUACAUUUUCUUCAAGUGUUUCGGAAGAUUCACAGCACAUUUUCGAUGACAAGCUCGCGUAAAUAUGUCUGCUUUCAGAUCUUCAGAUUUCUGUUGGUAGCCUCUGUGCUGCAUUUAGUCUCAGCUGCAGAUUAUGUACCAACCGAUAAAAUUCUCAUGAAUUGUGGGGGGCCUCCAGAAACUACUGAUACUGAUGGUCGCAAAUGGACCUCAGAUAUAGGCUCAAAAUUUGCUUCUGCGGGUGGGAAUUCAUCCACAUCAACUGCUGCUACGCAAGCUCCUUCAGUUCCUGAUGUCCCUUACAUGACUGCUAGGGUUUUCGAAUCUGAAUACACCUAUAGCUUCCCUGUAGCUUCCGGUCGUAAAUUUAUCCGCUUGCAUUUCUAUCCUUCUUCAUACUCGGGGCUAAAUGCCUCAAACGCCAUCUUCUCUGUUAGUUCCGGGCCAUAUACCCUUCUCAAGAACUUCAGUGUUGCCCAAACAGCUCAAGCUCUGAACUAUGCUUUUAUGGUUAAAGAGUAUUCUGUCAAUGUGCCCACCACAACUUUGAACUUAACCUUCAAACCUUCUCCUGCUUCUCCCAAUUCCUAUGCCUUUGUAAAUGGUAUUGAGGUGAUUUCGAUGCCUGACAUCUAUGAUACUGCUGAUGGAAAUGCCUUUAUCGUGGGGCAAACUACAGCAUUUAUUAUAGAUAAUAGCACUGCUCUGGAAAAUGUUUACAGGUUGAAUGUUGGCGGGCAAGACAUUUCGCCCUCUGGUGAUACAGGGUUGUUUAGAUCCUGGAAUGAUGAUGCGCCAUACAUCUUUGGGGCAUCCCUUGGGGUUACAGAAUCUAGUGCUCCAAACAUGACAAUUCGUUAUCCUUCAAGCAUGCCCUCUUAUGUUGCACCAGUUAAUGUCUAUUCCACUGCUAGAUCAAUGGGUCCCUACGAGAAUACCAACUUGAAUUACAAUCUUACUUGGUUCUUCACGAUCGACUCAGGGUUCUCUUACCUUGUUAGGCUACAUUUUUGUGAGGUUGAACAAGACAUAACGAAACUUAAUCAAAGGGUAUUUGAUAUCUUCCUCAAUAAUCAAACUGCUCAGAGUGAGGCAGAUGUGGUUGCUUGGGCACACGACAACGGGGUUCCAGUUUAUCAGGAUUACGUAGUCUUCGUUCCCACAGGCACUCCUCGGCAGGAUCUUUGGCUUGCGCUGCAUCCAAACAUGGCCUCAAAACCACAGUAUGCUAAUGCGAUCUUGAAUGGUGUGGAGGUAUUCAAAGUAAAUGAUACUCUUGGAAACCUUGCCGGUCCUAAUUUGGUUCCCGCUCCUCAAGAAGAUAUAAUGGUCCCGUCAUCAACUAAUCAUCCAGCUACUUCAAAUUGGUCAAAUAAGCGCAAAGCAAUUAUUGGUGGAAGUGUGGGUGGUGGUAUCGUUGCAAUCCUUCUUGUUGGCUUAUUUGUCUGGGUUGUUUCUCAUCAUCGUAGGCAGAGGAAGUGCUCAAGCCCAAGCGAUGGACCAUCUGGAUGGCUCCCUCUUUCGCUAUAUGGAAAUUCACACUCAGCAGGCUCCGCAAAGACUAACACCACAGGAAGCUAUGCCUCCUCCCUCCCUUCAAACCUUUGCCGCCACUUUUCAUUUGCUGAGAUCAAGGCUGCCACCAACAAUUUUGACGAAGCGCUACUUCUUGGGGUCGGAGGUUUUGGCAAAGUUUACAAGGGUGAAAUCGAUGGUGGGACGACUACAGUUGCGAUCAAGCGGGGGAACCCCCUGUCUGAGCAAGGUGUGCAUGAAUUCCAAACUGAAAUAGAGAUGCUCUCGAAGCUUCGACACCGUCACCUUGUUUCACUGAUUGGUUAUUGUGAAGAGAACUGUGAAAUGAUCCUUGUUUACGACUACAUGGCUCACGGAACCCUUAGAGAGCACUUAUACAAGACCAAUAAUCCUCCAUUGCCAUGGAAGCAGAGGCUUGAGAUUUGCAUUGGAGCUGCUCGUGGUUUACACUAUCUCCACACCGGUGCCAAACAUACCAUUAUCCACCGCGAUGUUAAGACAACCAACAUCCUAUUAGACGAGAAGUGGGUGGCCAAGGUUUCUGAUUUUGGCUUGUCAAAAACAGGUCCUACACUGGAUCACACUCACGUCAGCACGGUUGUUAAAGGCAGUUUCGGGUAUUUGGAUCCUGAGUACUUCAGGAGGCAGCAGCUGACUGAUAAAUCUGAUGUUUACUCGUUUGGAGUAGUACUCUUUGAGAUCUUGUGUGCUCGGCCAGCUUUGAACCCCACGCUUCCAAAGGAGCAAGUGAGUUUGGCAGAAUGGGCUUUGCAUUGCCAGAACAAGGGUAUUCUUGAGCAGAUCAUCGACCCAUAUCUAAAGGGUAAGAUUGCAUCAGAAUGCUUCAAAAAGGUUGCUGAGACGGGGAUGAAGUGUGUGGGAGAUCAGGGGAUUGACAGGCCGUCGAUGGGUGAUGUGUUGUGGAACCUUGAGUUUGCUCUCCAAUUGCAGGAGUCUGCGGAGGAAAAUGGAGAAGGGCUCGGUGGAAUGGACAUUGAAGAAGGUUCAUUUGAUCAUGUAGCCUCUAAAGGAAAGAAGGAUUCAGAAGCUUCCCCUUGUUUUGAUAGUCAUGUGACAGAUUCAAGGAGCAGUGAGAUUUCGAUGAGCAUUGGUGGCCGGAGCUUAGCUAGUGAAGAUUCCGAUGGAUUGACACCUAGUGCUGUUUUCUCACAGAUUAUGAACCCAAAAGGACGUUGAUAUGACCAGAAAGCCAUUGAUUUCCGGUAAAUUCGUUCAAGUGUUGCUUAACCGCUGAAGUGAAUUUUCUUUCAUCUGUUGUUUUCUUAAAUCAUUCGUUUAUUUACCUCUGUCGUAUUAAUCGGGUUGUUAGUAUGUUUACAACAAAACCAUUACAAGUUGCAUCAAGUAUGACACGGAAGAUUGAAAAGAGUUGUUGUAUCUCUCAUUAAGAUGGGGGUGAUUCAUUAGCGUUUGUGUAAAUGCUUCAUAGUCUUGUUACCUACCAAUUGGUCCAUACGAAAAAAACGAUGAAUCAGUCCAAUUGUUCUAUUGAUUGUAUACUCUUAACUUUAUCAGUGAGCUACCUAGAAUCAAUAACCGUCUCUGUUUACUG